AUGGUAGGAAUUGUGUCUGUGAAGCAGUUUUUAUUUAAGCAGGGUUUAGAUUUAAAACGCUUGUCUGCUAAAGUAUCUGGAAUAGUGCCAAAACCCGAAAACGCAAGGAUUACUUCAGUUAAUCUUCGUAGCAUUUUACAGUGGGAUGCACCUAGGUUUUACAAAGGGAAUAUAAGUUACACUGUCCAAUCUAAGAGCAUCAAUUUACCUGGAGACACAUACGAAAAUGUGAGCACAAAUCUGAGACUCACAGAGUGUGAUGUCUCUUCUCUGUCUGCGUAUGGAGACUACAUUUUACAGGUCCGAGCGGAGUCAGAAAAUGACCAUUCAGACUGGAUGACCAUCAGAUUUAAGCCAAUGGAUGACACCAUCAUUGGGCCACCCGAUGUAAAAGUGAAGUCAGAGUCUGGUUCUCUGCAUGUGGAUUUCAUAGGCCCUUUUGCUGAACGUGACAACUGGCCUCUGAAGCAGUAUUAUGGUUCAUGGAAUUACAGGAUACUGUACUGGAAGAAGGGCAGCACUGCUUCUGGGGUAACUCACGUAGAUACUAAACAUAACACUGAAAUACUAUCUCAGUUGGAGCCAUGGAUGAUAUAUUGUAUUCAAGUGCAAGCAGUUAUCCCCGAGUGGAACAAAACAGGGGAACUGAGUGAAGUGCUUUGUGAGCAGACAACCCACAACGGUGUAACUCCUGUGUGGAUGGUUGUGACCAUUCUCAUAGGAUCAAUGUUGGUCGUUGUGAUAUCUGUUCCUGUUUGUUUCUUUUUCUUUUUGUAUCUGUAUCGACUUGCCAAACAUGUUUUUUGUCCUUCAUAUAUUUUCCCACAACACUUGAAAGAGUUCUUGAACAAGCCUUCCAGUGGUUCACAGAUUUUUUCUCCAGUCCCACAAGAAGAGCAUCUUUUUUAUGACAAGCUAACUGUCAUUUCAGAAGAAUCCAGAAGUCACAGUGAUGAGACUGGGGAUGAAGCCAGUAAGACACCAGAGCACCUUCAGGACUCUGAACAUGAAGAUUCUGAUUCAAGAAUAACAUCAGCUUCAGAAAAGGCCUGA